AUGCUGCAGUAUUCGUAUAUCAAUAUCUGGUGCAGACAACGGACACUCUGGGAUCAGGAAUGGAACAGUAUUGUCUUUAAUGACGAGUCUCGAUUUUGUUUAGGCAUGCACGAUGGUCGUGCCAGGGUUAUAAGGCGACGUGGUGAAAGGAGGAAUCCACAGUUUUUUGUUGAAAGACAUGUUCAUCACACUGUUGGAGAUAUGGUUUGGGGUGCUAUAGCUUAUGGUUCCAGGUCACCUUUAAUCUUUAUCAGAGGUAACAUGAACACGCAGCGUUAUAUCCACGAAGUUCUAGAACCCCAUCUUUUACCCUAUCUUGACACCCUGGCAGGUACAACUUUCCAACAAGAUAAUUCCCGACCACAUGUUGCAAGAGUCACAAUAGACUUCUUUCAACAUAAUGAUGUCACAUUGUUAUCAUGGCCACCAAGAUCUCCCGACUUAUCCCCAAUUGAGCACGUGUGGGAUAUGAUGGGUACGAGAUUGCUCAAUUUGCAACGUCCUCCUCAGACUCUAGAAGCACUUCGAGAGGAGUUGGUGGUUGCCUGGAGUGAGAUACCACAGGAGGACAUUAAAGCAUGUUCUCACUACACUGAAUUUUUAAAACAUUUUCGCGCCAUAAUUUAUUACAACUUUCAGAGACAAUUAUCGCAACAAGAAUGCCUUGCUGAGUUACUGUCUGUUUUCGGCAACGAAGCGCCACAUCAGUCGACAAUUUCCCGUUGGUAUGGAGAAUUCAAACGUGGACGGGUGAGUCUUAGCGACGAUCCCAGGGUGGAGCAGAAAGCAGCCAGGGUUAAUUGGUGUCAAAAAACGUUUGACCGUUUCAAUUCCAGAAACUCAAAAAAUUCGGCUGUUUGGGUGUUCCAAGGUGAAGAAAAGCCGACAAAAGUUCCGGGUCAUAUUGCAACAAAUUCUCUUAAUGAGCAAAGAACUGUUACUGCGGAUUGGUAUACCACCAUUUUUUUGCAAAAAGUCAUCACCGAGCUUCGAAAAAUCAACCCCGAAAGAAGAAUCAUCCUCCACCAAGACAAUGCAAGCUCGCACACAGCCCAAAAAACAAGGCAGUAUUUAACGGAAGAAAACGUGAAAUUAUUGGACGAUCCUCCAUAUAGUCCCGAUCUAAGUCCUAACGAUUUCUUUACUUUCCCGAAAAUUAAAAACAGACUGCGUGGUCAAAGGUUCCAGUCACCAGAAGAAGCAGUUGACGCGUUCAAAAAUGCCGUUUUGGAUCUGCCAGCAAACGAGUGGAAUAAGUGCUUCGAAAAUUGGUUUGAGAGCAUGCAGAUGUGUAUUAAUCUUCGUGGAGAAUACUUCGAAAAACAAUAAAGUCAUUUAAAAC